AAAGAUGAAGAAGAUGAUGUAUAUCAGAUGGUGGACGAAGAGGAAUAUUCAAAAAUUGUCCGACAACGUCAGGAAGAGGAUUGGAUAGUUGAUGAUGAUGGGAGCGGUUAUGUUGAGGAUGGAAGGGAGAUAUUUGAUGAAGAGCUGGCAGAUGACCAGUUUGCCAAACCAGACAAAAAAAAGGAAGACAAGAAGAAAAAGAAUCCCAAUAUAAUGAGACCCGGAUCAAAACCAAAACAAAAUAUAAAGUCAAUGUUUAUGGCACAGGCAGCUACAGGCAAGAGGAAGCCAGAGAAAGAUGUCAGUCUUAAAGGAGAUGAACUAUUGGGUGAUUUGAUGAAUGAGCUGCACAGUGGACCAUCAGAAAUAGCAAUACCUAAAUCUGUAAAACUUACAAAACGACCACUAGUUCAACAGUCUGCAAGAUCCCCACAUAUGCCGUUUAGUACAAGACCAGUUAAAAUUGGACCAAAACCAACAUCUAGUGGUGACAACACCUUUAAAGUAAAGGGCCUACCAAAGCCAGUUAUAAAGACAGAGCCUAUGGAUGAAUCACCACAGAUUGAGGAGUAUGAUAGUCAGCCAAGUCCUGUGGUGGGAGAUGAGAAAGAAAAUAUUGAGGAAAAUUUUGAAGAUUUGAGUGGGAUGGAGUUUCAGGAUGAUGACUUUAAUGAAGAAGAGAUGUCAGAUGUUAAACCAGUCAAAGUUAAGCUGGAACCAGGCAUUAUCAAGCAGGAACCAGGACUCAUAAAGCAGGAACCAGGAAUUAAACAGGAGCCAAUGACCAAUAUCAAAGUGAAAGCUGAAAAGAUGUCUAUUGAGUCAGUGACAACUGGAUGGGAUAGUUUCCAGGACAACAGUUCAGCCAGUCAGACUGACAUUCAAGUUGAUACUUCACAGAUUCCUAUGAUUACCAAGGAAAAUGGGGAACAGGUGCUUCGAUUCUAUUGGCUCGAUGCAUACGAGGACCAGUAUAGACACCCGGGAAGUCAUUUUUUUGGAAAGGGUUUGGGUAAAAAGGGGCCAAAAUUAUGUAAGCUUUUUAGGAUGUGUAUGAAAACAAACACAGAUACAGGUUUUGAGGUGGGAAUGGUGGACGUAUACACAGAAUUCAGUGAAAAAAUUGUCAACAGAUAUAAAAUCGGGAAAUUUAAAUCAAAGCCAACCUCGAAGAAUUAUGCAUUUGAGAUAACAGAUGUACCAGCAGAGUCGGAAUAUCUAGAAAUCAGAUAUGAGGCAGAUGGGCCAGUGUUACCAAUGGAUCUUAAAGGAGAGACAUUCAGUCAUGUAUUUGGAACCAAUACUUCUAGCUUGGAAAGAUUGUUAAUAGAUAGGAAGAUGAAAGGUCCUGGCUGGUUAGAUAUUAAAUGUCCACAAAUAACCAACCCUCCUGUAAGCUGGUGUAAGUUGGAGGUAUUUGUGACAGGCCCAGAUGGUGUCACUGUAUGCACAGAUCAAAACCUCACCCCACCACCUCUCACAAUUAUGACGAUGAAUAUGAGGACUCUACCCAACAAUAAAACCCAUCAAAAUGAGAUUGUGGCUGUAUCGUGUUUGAUUCACAAUUCCUUCCAUAUGGAUAAACCUGCCCCAGAACCAGCUUUCCAGCAACAUUUCUGUGUUAUUAGUAAGCCAAAUGACUGCAUAUUUCCCUGGGACUUCAAGGACAAAGUUCAACGAGAAAGUAAGAAGAUGAAAGUUGAAGUGUUACCUACAGAGAGGGCUUUACUGGGGUUCUUAUUGGCUAAAAUACACAAGAUUGAUGCUGAUGUUAUAGUGGGCCAUGAUAUAUUUGGAUAUGACCUGGACGUAUUGUUACACAGAAUAAAUGCUAACAAAAUACCACAUUGGUCCAAGAUAGGAAGAUUGAAAAGAACUGUGAUGCCUAAACUAUCUAGUCAUGCUGGUAGAGGAUAUGUAGACAAAUCAGCUACAUGUGGACGUAUUGUAUGUGAUAUUAAAAUCUCAGCGAAGGAACUUGUGAGAUUAAAGAGCUUUGACUUGACUGAGCUGACAUCACAGAUUAUUAAACAGUCUCGCGUUGAUCUGGAUUUUGAAACCAUCAGAAAUAUGUACAGUAAUUCGGAGAUGUUGUUAAAGCUGAUAGAGAUGACACUGGUGGACUCGAGUCAUAUAUUGAGGAUAAUGUACGAGUUAAACGUCAUACCUCUUGCCUUACAGAUUACAUCAAUAUGUGGAAAUGUCAUGAGUAGGACAUUAUUGGGAGGCAGGGCAGAGAGAAAUGAAUUCCUUCUAUUGCAUGCUUUCUCCGAGAAAGAUUACAUUGUCCCAGACAAAGAAUACAAGAAAAAGGCUGUAGUGCAAGUAGAGGAAGGAGAUGAGGAAAUAGAUUCAAGUAAAUCUAAGGCAGGUCAAGGUCGUCGUAAACCAGCAUACGCCGGAGGUCUUGUGCUUGAACCUAAAAAAGGAUUUUAUGACAAGUACAUCUUGCUGCUGGAUUUCAACAGUUUAUACCCAUCUAUCAUACAGGAAUAUAAUAUAUGCUUCACUACUAUCAACAGAAAUGAUGCCCCGUCAACAUCUAAUGAAGAAGAUGAUCUGUUGAAAAUGGAGCUACCAGAUCCCGACCUAAAGCCAGGUAUUUUACCUACUGAAAUCAGAAAGUUAGUAGAGAGUAGACGACAGGUGAAAAGUUUGAUGAAACAAGACAAUCUGCCCCAAGAGCAGAUGAUGCAGUAUGACAUUCGACAGAAAGCUUUGAAGUUAACUGCGAACAGUAUGUAUGGUUGUCUCGGAUUUACAUUCUCCAGAUUCUAUGCUAAACCCCUAGCUGCUCUCAUUACCAUGAAGGGUAGAGAGAUUUUGAUGAAAACCAAAGACCUUGUACAGGGGAUGAAUUUAGAUGUUAUUUAUGGUGACACUGAUUCUAUUAUGAUCAACUCUAAUUGUACAGAUAUUGAACAAGUCACAAAGUUAGGAAAUAAGAUAAAGACUGAAGUAAACAAACUGUACAAGUUAUUAGAGAUCGAUAUUGAUGGUAUAUAUAAGAGCAUGUUACUGUUGAAGAAGAAGAAGUACGCAGCACUGAGUGUACACAAGACGUCAGAUGGGAAAUAUGUGACACAGGAAGAGAAAAAAGGGUUGGAUAUUGUUCGUAGAGAUUGGUCUGGACUGUCGAAAAAUGUUGGAGAUUUUGUUGUAUCAACAAUUUUGUCUGGUGAAUCUAGAGAGACUGUUGUGGAGACGAUACAUGCUAAACUUAAUGAGGUCGGUGACCAGGUCAGAGACUGCAAAAUACCUCAAGAGCAAUACCUCAUUACUAAGCAAUUGACAAAGAAUCCGGAGGACUAUCCGGACAAGAAGAGUUUACCACAUGUACAAGUGGCUUUACGACUGAAUAGUAAAGGUGGCAAGAGAUUAAAAGGUGGAGAUACAGUCUCUUAUAUUGUCUGUGAGGAUGGAUCUAAUCUACCGGCAUCACAGCGAGCCUAUCAUCCAGACGAGUUGGCUAAAUCAGAGUCACUGGUUAUAGAUGUGAAGUACUACCUGGCACAUCAGAUACAUCCGGUAGUGUCAAGGUUGUGUGAUCCCAUAGAGGGAACAGAUGCUGCCCAUAUUGCUGAAUGUCUAGGUUUAGAUGCAUCCGGGUAUCGUCAUGCCGCACAACAACGAGACGAAAAUGAUGACGACGCCCUAUUGGGGGGAGUUAGCAUCACAGAUGAGGAGAAAUACAAAGAUUGUGAAAGACUGAAGAUUGUCUGCCCGUCAGAAACAUGUGGAAGGGAAGUCGUCCUCGAUGCUCCAUUGACUGGUGCUGACAUAUAUAUGGAGGCUGCUCUUGGAAAAUGCCCCAACAACCAGUGUAAUUACAAAUUGUAUGAGAACAGUGCUGCUAUAGCCAAUAAAGUCACGUCAGAAAUUCGACAGAAAAUUAAAACAUACUAUCAGGGUUGGUUAAAAUGUGAAGACUCAGCUUGCCAUGCACGAUUACAGAAGCUUCCAUUGAUGUUUCAGAGGGGGCGGCCCAUGUGUCCUAUAUGUAAUAGAGGGUUUAUGCAACUAGAGUACACAGACAAUAUGUUGUACACACAGAUGUGUUUCUACCAAUAUCUCUUUGAUCUUGAUAGAGCUACCCAACAACUCACUGGAAAUGAAAAAGGGAAAAUGUUAAAAGUGAAGAGCGAUACAGAACUAUGCAAUGCUUACUCUAAUCUGAAAAAAGUAGUCGACAGAUGGGUGAAGAAAAAUGCCUACUCUGAGGUCAACUUGGACAAACUGUUUGAGGGACUUUUUACACUCAAGUAACCCAGAGUUUGGAGGGAAAAUAUUGUGUCUAAAUGGAUUUAUAGGACUUCAAAUUUAAGCUGCUAUUUUUCCUUGUGACUUAAAAAUGAUGCUCACGGAGAUGACCGGAGAGUGUUUGAAUUAAUACUUUUCUGAUCAAUACUUAUUUAUUAGUGCUAAAUUUAUAUGGGAUUAUAUUCUGGUACUGGAGUUAACUUGUACAUAUAUUGUAUAGAAAAUGUAAUACCAGUCUUAUUCUUAUGUGUACUGUAUAUCAGUAUGGUCUUCUCUAGAGAAUAUAUAAGAGCCGCGUCAUGACAAAACAUAAUGGGUUUGCAUCCAGCAUGGAUCCAGACCAGCCUGCGCAUCCGUGCAGUCUGAUCAGGAUCCAUGCUGUUCGCUCUCAGUUUUUAUACUUGUUAUAGGGUUUGUAAGCAAACAGCAUGAAUCCUGAUCAGACUGCGCGGAUGCGCAGGCUGGUCUGGAUUCAUGCUGGUCGCAAACGCAUUAUGUUGGUUUUGUUAUGGCGUGGCUCAUUUGUAUUUCUAAGACAACACACAUGUGUCUUUAGUAUUGUUAAUGUUUUUAGUCUCUGUCAUAUGACUUGUUGAUAAAUCUGUAUUUUGGAAUUAGGUCCCUUUCAUGUUCUGACUGGUAUAUGCUUGAAAAUUAUGUUUAAAAAUAUAUAUGAAUUGAUAUAUAUUCUUUGUGGGGGUGUGGGCACCAUAGUCUGUGCUACCUUUUGUGUUCAAAUAUAAAUCAUGUAUCAAUUAUAUGUAUCAUGUAAAUUCAUUUAAUUUUGAGCACGAAAUUUCAAGGUUUUGUAGCAAAAGACAUAUUCAUGGGUUCUUGAAUUCAUAGAUUGUUGUUUUUUUUUUUUUUUUAAAGUAAAAUGAUACCCAAAAUAAUGUUACAGCAGAUAGAAAUGAAAUUGUGUUGGAUCUUGAUUUCAUAGAUUAACCUAUCCAUGAAAAUCAGUACAUCACGAAUUAUAAUGAUUUUACAGUAAUUAUGUUCAUUGUGUGAUUACUAGAAAGGAAUAUUUAAUUUCGUAACAUUUACCCUGAAUUCUUAUAAGCAUGGUAAUAUAUGGAAGUGAAGUAUUUUAUAGUGUUUGAGUGAUGAACUGUUUCUGUAUUUAUUAAAAUCUUUAACUCUGUCAUACACUUGUGUAUGCAUGAUAUGUUUAAUUUUUAUUUGUUUUCUAUGCAAUAAUUUGAAAUAAUGGGCUUAUACAUAGAUAUUAUAUAAUUGCUGGAAGAAUAUGUAUAUUUUUUUCUGUACAAAUUAAUAUUUUGACAUGUUUUUGAAGUAUACAUGUGUGUUCUAAAGGGAGUGGAGGCAUUGAUGUACAUUGUAAUUUCAAAUACAUGUAAAC